AUGGCUUCCAAUAACAACCACCCAGCUCGCCCAGGCUUACCAAUGUCCUAUUCACAGAGCAGUAUGAGCUCCGCCAAUGGCAUGGUAUUUUCGCAGUCGCAAAUGGGCUCCUUCAACGCCUCCCAGUCGGUGUCGUCCACUCCUCGAGCUACGCCUCCUCCGAAAGGGUCGCAACAGUCGAUGUCCUUUGGUUACUCGAACGGCCUCCCGCACGGUCCUCGGUCUAGUUUCGCAGGUUUUGAGGACAUGAAUGGGUAUGGGACGAUGAUGUAUCAUGAAGAAUUCAAGCCUCAAAUUUAUAGGGCUGUCUACUCCAAUGUCUCCGUCUACGAAAUGGAAGUGAACGGUGUCGCCGUGAUGAAACGUCGCUCCGAUUCGUGGCUCAAUGCUACGCAGAUUCUCAAAGUUGCCGGUGUGGUCAAGGCGAGGAGGACAAAGACACUGGAAAAGGAGAUUGCAGCGGGCGAGCAUGAAAAGGUUCAAGGAGGGUAUGGUAAAUACCAAGGAACCUGGGUCAACUAUCAGAGGGGCGUGGAGCUUUGCCGGGAAUACCAUGUCGAAGAAUUGUUGCGACCCCUUCUUGAAUAUGACAUGGGCGGUACAAACGGUACAGCGCAAGACUCACUCGACACCCCGACAAAGGAGCAAGCAAUGGCUGCGCAACGGAAACGGCUGUACAGCGGGAUGGACAAUCGCGGCAUGAGCCAACCUCAACAAGGCACAUUCUUCCAGAACAUCUCUCGCACGGCUGCGACUGCAGUGAACGCCAUGAGCAAGGCUCGCUUCGACUCACCUGCGGCUCGCGGGAUUGACCAAAGGCGAUCAAGUGUUAUACGAAAGCCUUCGCACCAGAUGAGCAGCCAGGAUACCCACAUACCUUUGAACAGUCAACAAAGCAUGUAUAGUGUGACAUCUGAUAGCGGUUUCGGAAACAAUUUCCAGAGUAAUGGCCGCUAUGCUAUGCACGAUGGUGCCAGCUUCGACCACGAGGAGCCAAAUGAACCUCCGCGGAAGCGCGUUCGGUCUGCCUCUCACCAGGCGCCGUCGUUCGGGAUGCCCUACGAGCACUCGACGGCUUCCAUGGCUGAACCAACACCAACUGAGCCGAAUGACUCCUUUUACCAAGAUAUGGAUGUCUCAACAUCGAUAGUGGAUGGUAGCAAGCGCGGGUUCGAGCCUUUGCCGCCCGCCACUACCCCAGAGAGGUUUCAGAAGAUGAAGCUCAUCAUGACAUUAUUCCUCGAUAAAAAGACGCGCGAUUUCUCCUCCCAUCCAGCUUUGAUGCAAUUGACUGGGGAGGAUCUGGAAAUUCCGUUGGACGAAUAUCGGAACAACGCGCUACACUGGGCGGCGAUGCUCGCUCGAAUGCCUCUUGUCUAUGCACUUGUUGAGAAAGGUGUUAGCAUCUUUCGUUUGAACGGUGCAGGUGAAACGGCACUGCAAAAGUCUGUAGGAACGAGGAACAACCUCGAUUAUAGGAGUUUUCCGCGCUUGCUGCAGGUGCUGGCUCCAACUAUUAUA